UAGACAAACAAGUACUUGAAAGGAUCGGGACUAUCUACACGAAUUCAAUCUUAUCAUUUGGUUUUACGAUGGGCAAUAUUUUUAAGUGUUGUUAAUGAAUGCGGGUAGUCUGUACGACGCUGUAAGAGAUCAGUACAUCGAGGUGGAGUUCGAUGAGUUUUCCGAGAGCGAAGGGGAGGAAGAAUUAACACCGACUGAUACUAUACGAUUCUUGAAUCCUUUGCUUGUACUGAGAAGGCAAAAAACUAGACGAAAAUCCAGAGCCAGUUUCUUAAAUUUCGUCCAUCUGACGAGGAUAGUGAGAAAAUCGGGCCGCCUCAACACAUUUCUGACCCAAUUGCCCAACAAAAAUCUGUCUUACAUAAGGGAUUUGGGCAACACAUUGCUGACACUCCGAUGGAGAUGGAUCCUCUUGACCCUUUAUCUGGUAAACUUUACUUGUUUUGUGAUAUUCAGUUGGCUGUGGAUGCUGCUGGCCAUGGUUAGCGGUGAUUUCAACGAAGGCACGAGAGCUAAGGGCACGUGUAUCGUCAAUGCCCAUACGUUCACAGGAUACCUUCUCUUGAGUAUAGAAACCAUGACAACUAUAGGAUACGGGUACAGAUAUCCUACGGAGCACUGUACCGGCGGUUGGGUAUUAUUAUUAUUCCAGACGCUUUUGAGUGUGUUUGUGCAGGGAGCUUUGGUCAGUGUGGUUUACGUCAAGACCUCGAAACCUUUCACGAACAUAUCUUCGUCGCUGUUUAGCAAACGAGCAGUGAUUUGUUUGAGGGACGGGAAGCUUCGCUUCGUUUUUCGCAUUCACGACUUUUCGCGAAAAAUUUGGUGCGGCACCAAUAUAUCCCUCUACUUUAUCGACAAAGAGUCGGACCAUGUAGACGCCGAAUUCGAAAUGCAACAAAUGGCCAUCGAGCCUCACGGCCUUCUAAUCUUUCCGCUGGAAAUUGAACAUGUUAUUGACGAAGACAGUCCCCUGUGGAAGUUUAGGCCCUUGGAAAUUUUACAGGCAAGGUUUGAAAUAGUUGCUGUAGCCGAAGGAAGUUCAACGAUAACAGGUCAAGUGUCCCAAAACCGAACUUCAUAUUCUCACUCCGAUAUUAUGUGGGGACACAGAUUCAAACAAUGUGUAGAAUACAACGACAAUAAAAGGGCCUACAUCGUGGACUACAAAAAAUUCAAGCAAACUGUACCGUUUGACACGCCCCUUUGCAGCGCGAGGAAACUUGCCGAACUGCAGAGACGGAAUCUGACGGACUUUGGCGGCGAGUUGGCCAAAAACAGACCAGAAGGCGGUCCGUUAAACUCCAAGCAAAUUUGGGAAGCGGUGAAAUCGAAAGAGGAACGUAUACCUCAGGUAUUUUACAAGUUGUUUCAUAAGGAAAGUGUAAAUAAUUUUCAAGACAAUGUUAAUUACUGAACUGUAAUUAGGUAGAAAAUCGCGCAGUGAGCCAGGACUUUGGCACAUUAAAAUGAGUACAAUGCUUCAUGGGCUACUGUAAUAUUAUUUCCUAAUCUUCUGGACGCCUGUUGUUCAUGAAUCGUACUUGCUGCCGUUUCGCAAAUCGUCCUGUUGGCUUCUUCGCAGCUUAAUUGGUGAAGGUAAAGACCUCACAUGCGGUAGGAUGGUUUGGUUGUUUAGAGAUUUCUAUGGAUUCUUCGUUAUUUUUUUGGUAGAAGAAUUGAUUACAUGUAAGAAUUUUAGUUAUGUCGAAUAAGAUUUUCAUAAUUAUAUUCUGCAAUUAUUGAUGA